AUGAAAGAAAUAUAAAUCUAAUGCUAGUAAAGGUACAUUAAUUAUAAAAUAUUUCAUUAGUUAUGAAAUUUAACAACCUUUAGCAUUUAUUUUCGAUGAAUUAUCAAAAGUAUUAUUUGUAAUUGAUAAAGAAUCAAAUAUCAUCAAAUAUGAAUACAAUAAUAAAUCUUUAUGUGUAUUAUGCAUGUUUAAUAUUAGAUUUAAACAACAUAUAAAGUGGGUUAAUAAAUUCAAAAUAACUCUUAAAUUUUAUCAUUUCAAUAUUUAAUGGAAAAUGAUCAAUUAAUAAUAGUUUAUAGAGAUGGAGCAAUAGUUAAAGUUUAUAAAGAAGAAGCAGAAGUUGUUGGAUAGUUUGAAUGUGGAGUAUUGGGGGCAGCAUGGAACCCAAAUUAAGAAUAAUUAAUAGUUGUUUGUGGUGAUGGAAAAUUAGUGAGUUUUGAUGUAUAAUUGGAACCAGUAAAGGAGAUUAAUAUUGAAGGUCUUCUAGAUUAAUUAGUCUCUAUUUCAUUUAAAAAUGAUGGAAAAGUAUAAAUUGUUGAUAAAUAUAAUUUAGUUUUUUUCUUUAAAUUAUGCAAUUGAAAAUGGCAGAAUAUGUGAAACUUAUGAUGUAUAAUUGGAAAAAUUCAGAAGUCCUAGUAAAUCAGACCCUGAAGGAGGAUUAGUCUAAGCUAUUUUUGAAAAACCUAGAAAUCUUAUAAAUACAGUUUCAUGGUAACCUAAUAGUUAAUUUAUUGCUGGUAUUCAAGAGAAAUAAGUUAUAUUUUGGGAGAAGAAUGGAUUGAGACACUUAGAAUUCAACAUUUUUGAGAAAUCUUCAAAUAUAAAAUGGAGUCCAGAUGGGAUUAUAUUAGCUGUUUAAUAAGGAAAUAAAAUAACAGUUCAUUUGAGAUAAAAUUACAAAUGGUAUACAAAAAAAGCAUUUAAAUUUGAUAAAAUUAUGGAUUAUACAUUUAUAGAGAAUAAUACUUUAGUAGUAUUUAGUGAGAAUAAUAUGAAUAUAUUUUGGUUGAAUUACCAUUUCAAUAAUACAACAAUGGGUUUAUCUACUGAUUAUGAUACAUUAUUGGUAAGUGAUUAUAAAAAAGGGGUAAUUCCACCACCUUUAUAUCAUUAUUAAUUAAAGGUAGAUAGUUAAAUAGAUUUAGUUUAUUUUGAUUAAUUAAUUUAUGUGUAUUCUUUUGAUGGAAUUCUAAGUGUAUUUAAUAAUGUUAAUCAAUUAGGAAAAGUUAAAUUAGAAAUUGAUUGUGCUCAUAAAUUAAUAUGCUAUUAGGAUAAGUAAUAAGAUGUAAUUUUUUGUCAUGCAAUAUUUAUAGUGCAUGAAGAAGGAAGUGAUAAAUUGAUUGAUGUUGUAAUUUCACCAAAUUUUGAAAUUAUUAAUAUAUGGAGAAAGGAAUUUUCUUAAUCAACAUAAAUAUCAGCAUUAACUAAAAAUGGAGGUUAAAUAAUCUUGCAUUCUAGAUUUGGAGAAAAGUUUAUUUAUGAUUAAUCAAAAGAAGAAGCCUUAAGUGAAUUUGAUUUGGCUAAUAAAGAAUAGAAUGUUUAUGAUGUUAAGAUUUAAUAGCAUGGUGAAUGGCUUGGUUGUUUGAAAUCUAAUAGUAGAUUAACUUUGAAUAAUCAAUUAGUAACAAAUGAAUGUACAUCUUUUGCAUUUUUUGAUCAUUUUUUGGCUUUUACUAUUAACACAACAGAUCAAUUUCAUAAUUUAUAUAUUUUAGAUCUUAAUAAGUCUAUAUAAAUAGAUAAGAAGAGUUUAAAUAUAAGUAAUGUAGAGAGAGGUGCAAGAAUUUUAGCAAUUGUUUCUUUGGAUAGAGUGAUAGUUCAAAUUCCAAGAGGAAAUUUAGAAACUACAGCUCCAAGAGUUAUGGCUUUACAUUUGUGCAAAUAAUUAUAUGAGAAUAAGCAAUUUAAGAUAUGUUUUGAAAUGAUUAGGAAACAUAAGUUAGAUAUGAAUUUAAUGUUUGAUUUUUCAGGUGAAUUAGAUAUUUAGAUCAUAGAAUAAUUAUCAGAGUAAUAUCUCUAAUUAUUUAUAUAAUCAUUGAAUAAUGAAAUAAGUUUUGAGCUUCCCUAUGUUUUGACAACAGAAUAGUACAAACAUUAAAAAGUAUUAAUAGUUGAUAAAACUUUGGGUACAUCAAAGAUAAAUUAUGUAUGUUAAAAGUUGAUUGAUAAUAUGAAGGAGUAUUUAUGUGAUUUAAUUUUAGGGAGACACAUAUUUUGACAAUAGUAACAGCAAUGUUAAAGAAGGAACCUAGUGAAGUUGAGGAAGCACUGUUAAAGACUUUGAAAUUGAAACAAAUAGAAUAAUAACAUGAAGAAAUACCUCCACAUUUGAAUCCAGAGACACACAAACCUUAUAAGUAUUAUUAAAUAUAUAAAUAAUUAGAAAACAUCAUAAAAUAAAAUCUGAGUAAGUAUUGGAAUAUAUUUGUUGGUUGGCAGAUGCAAAUAAAAUGUUUGAAGUAGCUUUAGGAACUUAUGAUUUUGAUUUAGUCAAAUAAGUGGCUUAAUUCACUUAAAAGGAUCCUAAAGAAUAUUUACCAAUGUUAGAAAGGUAUUCACAAAUAAAGGAUCCUAUUGAUAUGAAAUCUACAAUUCAUAUUGAAUUAAAGAAUUACGAUAAGGCCAUUAAAGUGUUAUCAGAAGGAAAUGAAGAAUAGAAAUAAAAAUCUGUAGAAUUAAUAAAAAAAUAAAAUAAAUUUAGAGUGGCACUUGAAAUAUAUAGAAAUGAUUAAGUAAUGAUCAAGAAGGUAAAAGAAGUAUUGGGAGAUUAUUUAAAUAGCUAAAAACAAUAUCAUUAAGCAUCCUUAGCUUAUGAAAGUGCUGGUUUACAUGAGAAUGCAAUUCAAGCAUCUUAAGAAAUAUUGGACACAAAAAGAAUUUUAUCUUUCAAUCCAAAAGAAGAUUAUUUGAAUAAAUAUUUAUAAAUUUUAUUAGCAGCUUCUCGUUGGUAAGAUUGUGGAUAAGUUUAAGAAUAUUUAAAGAAUUACGAAUAAGCUAUUCAUUAUUAUUGCAAAGCUGAAGAAUGGGAAUCUGUUGCUUAAUGUUUAAGAUAUUAAUAAAUCAAUAUAGAUGAUCAUUUAUAAUUAGCAUUUUCUUUAAAAGUAAAUCAUUUAUUAAAUCAAUAACAUUUAUUCAUUUAAAAAUUAGAGAGAUUAAGAAUAGUUUAAGAAUAGAAAAAAUAACAUGGAAUAUUAGCACCAUCUUAAAUUAAUGCUGAUUUUGAUCAAAUGAGUGAUGUAAGUGGUAAAUCUGGAAUAACAAAAUCUUCAUAUACAAUGUCUGUAACAACAGGAGUUCGAAAAAGAAAGCCAAAGGAAAAAUCAUUUUUAAAUAGAAACAUAAAAGAAGGAUCUCCUGUAGAAGAAGAAUAUUUGAUUGAAUUUCUCAAAGAUAUUUAAGCUAAAAGUGCAGACUUAAUUAGUACUAUUAUUAAUUUAUAUAUUUAGAUUCAAUUAAAAAGUUUUAAAAUUAUUUAAUAUUCUUUAAUUAACCAAAAUUAUCUUUAGAAUUAUCAGCAAAAACUAAAGAAUAUUUGAAUACUAUCAAACCUGAGAUUAAGAGUUUACUAUAAUAAUAAUUUGAAGAAUCAAAUUAACAGGCACUUGAUUUGUAUCCCUACAAAUCUGUUGUACCAAAUGAAUUUAAUCAAGCUUUAGAUGAUUUAAUUAAAUGAUG